AUGAACUUCUUUACUGUCACCCAAAGCGCCAGUGAUCACCUCACCGAGCACGGUCUUAGCGCGCCCACAUUGCAGAGAUUAGUGGCAGCUGUGCAAUUGGAUGAUGCCAAAAGCGUGAAGGGCGAGUCGCGUGAUAGAUCUGGCACUUUCGAAGGUUCAACUAUUCUGCUGAAAAUCGACAAGCCUAUUGACAAUUUCGAUAAGCUGCAAGACAAACGCAGCUUGGAUGCCACUGACGUAGAUGCGCGCAUUUUCGGCGCUGAUUCGUUAGAUUUUAUGACGGGCGUAGCAAGUGGAGUCGACGCGACGUCCGCUGCCUCUUAUCCGGCAGUGCUAACCAGAUCGCUUGAUGCGAAUUUGGGACUGCUUGGUAAUACCGGGUCGAAGAAUAUGCUUGCAAUGGUCGCCUCGAAAAUGAAUAUGACCACACUGGAUUUGGCCAAAAAGUUGGCGUCUUUGUCUAAUCCACUCGAGUAUGUGGCCAAAAAGGAUCCUCAACUGGGUGCGGAAAUGCAGAAAUUAAUCGAUAUCAGCGUAAGCAAAUUGAGCCAAAGUCCGUCGGGUAAAAAAUUACCAAGAAAUGAAGCAUCAUUAGUACCGGGCUUACCUUUAGUGGCGCCAGCUGCUACAGCAGUGCCGGCACCGCUAAUGCCACAGGAUGCCUUGUACGGUGCCAUUUCAGCACUUGCAGGGCGUCACACAUCCGUUACAGCAAAGACGGCAACUGCAACUCCUACGACCGCUGCACCAACGACUGUACACACACCAACUGAAGAUCCAACUCGGAACAAGGCAACCCCCAAUUCGCAAUUACCUGUCAGCUGCACCGCGCAGUCGAACGAUGCCGAGACGAAGCGUAUUGCCGGCGUUUUGGAUAAGGUGCUGAGCAAGCUGGAGCUCCUACAGGAAUGUAAAGCAAAUGCAGAGCCGGCAGAGCUCAACUGCGCACCGGAUGGCAUACCUUGUGAUGUUGUUGGCUCCUGGAAUUCGUACGAGAUGGGUCUGCGCUUCGACAUUGCGCUCAACAAGGCAGCAGACCGUCGUCUGGGCAUGGCUGAGAAGAACAACAAACUGCUGACAAUUGAAGUGAGCGAACGUGAACCGCCACAUGCGCAUCAUAUCAUCGAUACCGGCUGGAAGUUUAUGGGCAGUACUCUCAACCAGCAAGGCGGCCCAUUCUAUAUUUACUCGCAAAAUCGCGAACUCAGUAUUGUGUCUACUUUUAUUGGUUAUUGUCGCAUCUGUGGCGGUAUCGACACAAUUUUCGGCUCAUGGACGAUUAUGGGCCCCUCAAGGGAUUGCCAAGACGUGACAACAGCGCUUGAGAAUAGGCGUGACAUUUUCCGACGCUACAACAUGGAAAGCAAACGGAAUAGACAUUUCAAGGAUAUUCUAUUUGAGAAAAGCAAAUAUUCCAAAUCGCAGUGCAACAAAAAUGGUUGAAUAUCGUACUUAUUUGAACUGCUCUUAGAACUGUGUACAUAGAUUACAUAAUUUCUAGUAUUGUAAUUUAUUUAUUUUCUGCUAUUAUUGCCUUAUCAAGAUGUGCCGUUAAUUGAGUGUUUUUACAGAUAAGCGAAUUAUAUUUUGAAAGACUUCCCAGCUUGUGUAAUAUUUCUUUUAACUGCAUUUCGUUGUGAAGUACGAGGAUCAAGCAAAAGUGAAUGGUAAUACUGGUUUAGAGCACAAAAUGCAAA